AAGAGAAAGAGCACUUGGAUGACGACGACGCUAAGUUGCGUGAAACAAAAACAGAAUUGGAGCAAAUAGAAGAAAUUCGCAAAGAUGUCGAGAAACUUAUAAAACUAAAGGAUGAAGAAAUCGAAUAUCUUCGCAAACAAGCGGCAAUAGUUCGUCCCACCACAUCCACGAUCGAAAAAGAUAGACUCCUGAGGCAAAAAGAUGAUGAAAUACUUGAGUUAAAAAAACUCCUUAAAGAAGCAGAAGCGAAAGUCUGCGUAACAGAUGAAGAACAGCAGAAACAUAAAGACAAAGACAAAGAAUUACUAGAAGCCUUCAAGAAGGAUGUUGAAGAACAGCUGAGACAAAAAGACAAAAUGAUUAAAGAUUUGAUAAGCAAGAAAGAUAGUUCGACAACUGAUAUAGAAUCAGACGUUAAAACGCUGCGCGAAUGUGAAAAACUGUUGGAAGACCUUAGGAAAGAACUGCGUAGCGUGAAACAGAGUUUGAAGGAAAGAGAGGACGAACUCAGAAAUAAAGGAACAGAAAUGGGCAAGCAUGUGCAGCUCGAUGAUGCAAAGUUACGUGAAUUAAAAGCAGAGCAUCAGACCUUACUAAUUAUUCGCCAAGACCUAGAACAACUGCUACGCGCAAGAGAUAAAGAGAACGAGGAACUUCGUAAAACUGGCGGCUUGGAACUAAAGGAAAAAUUGAGCCAAGUUGAAAAGUUGUUGGAUGAAAAGAAUAUAGGUGAGUAA